UAUAUAAUGUUAGAUUCAAGGUGUUCGGAUAAUGAGGUAUCGAGAAGAGACAUACCUUCUUUUAUAGAACCUCGUCCGCCUCUAGUGUCUAAUCCGUUUAUGAGACCUAGGCCUCAAAAGGGAACAAACCUAUUAGAACUCUUCGAAGAAGAAUCAGAAUGUGAAGAACCUGAGUUAGUGCAAGUUUACUUGCGACUGAAACCGUGCAAUACGGUCAGCAAUCUAUACGAAGUUCGAUCUGAUCGUUAUUUGAUUACAUCUCUGGAUACCACAACAGCCGGUCAUGGAAGGCGAACUCAGCACAAUGUCUCUAAAAUGUACACAUUUUCGCACAUCUUUGGUCCAGAAAGUAAUCAAAAAGAGAUAUUCGAACAUGUCGUGAAGGACAAUUUGAAGAAGCUUCCAGAAGGUAACAGCUUUACCCUCCUCACAUACGGAGCAUCAGGUUCAGGGAAGACAUUUACCCUUAUGGGCACUGUAGCUGCUCCGGGCUUAGUACCACGUUCAUUAGAAUAUGUCUUCAAGGUUGUCGAGGCCGCACAAACACCAGUGUUUAAACCCUCUGAGAUUGGUGCUGAGAAACUAAGUUACGCAGAACAGGAUUAUGAAUUACAGUGGGUGAAAAAAUUGAGGCAGAUCUCUGCUCCGCUGAGAGACAGGUAUCGGCGAAUGAGUGCUCAACUCUUUGGAGACCUUACUUCUAGCAAUAUUGAUCUCUCUAAUAGAACUAGACACUAUGUGUGGGUGUCAUUUAUAGAGAUUUACAAUGAAGGCGUAUAUGAUUUAUUAGCAGCAGAUAGAAGAACUGCUUCAAAAUUAGCUAUCAGAGAAGAUUCCAGUGGGAAUGUGUAUGUCAAGGGGGCGACUCAAGCGUUUGUGAGGUCCGGUGAAGAAGCCUACGACAUAAUGGUUGCGGGGAAGCAUAACUUACAAGUGGCAGCUACGGGUAUCCACGCUCAGUCUUCAAGGUCCCAUUGUAUUUUCACCAUCACUAUGCUUACGGAAACGAGCGACGGCGUGCGCGGCGCGUGCGUGCGGCUGUGCGACCUGGCGGGCUGCGAGCGCGCGGCGCGCACGCGCAACACGGGCGCGCGCAUGGCGGAGUCGCGCGCCAUCAACUCGUCGCUGCACGUGCUGGAGCGCUGCCUGCGCACGCUGCGGCGGCGGCGCGGCGCGCUCGUGCCCUACCGCGAGUCCAAGCUCACGCGCCUGCUGGGCGCCGGCCUGAGCGGCGCGCGCGGCGAGGCCGUGUCCAUGGUGGUGACGCUCAACCCCGCGCCCGCCGCCGCCGCCGAGACGCGCCACGUGCUGCAGCUGGCCGCCGUCGCGCGCGACAUCCAAAUCAACAAUACCAUCUCUGACUACCCUAGCUCCUUAGAAAGCAGCACACGAGACUCGACCUUCGCUUGUAGCUCGGAAGUCAUGAAACUGCGCACUGAAAAUGAACGUCUGCAUUUUGAAUUAAUUCAGGCGCAAGCAAGGAAUAAAGAGUUAUUAUCUUGUAUGGAGCAACACCAAGCAGAGGCCGCGGAUACUAUGAGGGAGAUCGUGGAAGAGGCGAAGGAAAUCUCGAGGCAGUACUACGAGGAACAGAUACAGGCUCUGAGGACUGAGAUGGAUGAAUUGGUCGAAGAAUAUGAAAAUAAACUAAGUAAAGUAAGACAUUCUUCAGUUGAUGGAACUCCGUCAAAGCUUCUACAGAACAAGAUUACACAGUUGAUGACUGAUAUAGCAAUAUUAGAGGAAAAUUUAACAGCUGAACGCUUAGCCCGUGCGAGAGCUGAGGAGGAAGUACAACAUUUACGUGCUUGUAUCGACGAAAGAGAUGAAAAAGCUGAUGAUCAGAAUGCAAACGAAGAUGUGAUGUCACUAACUGAUAGUGAAAAUAGCGAAGAUGAAACAGACUCGUGCAACGAAAGCUUGGAGCCGACAUUUAGAAAGGAAGACAUAAAUCGCUCUAGAAUGAUAAGGCAAAGUCUCAUAAAGCAGACUAGUUUUAUUAGCGAACAUUCUGAAAACAGCGCUCUUAAUAAAACAUCCGAUACUAUCAAAGAUGAUCAAAAUGAUCAUGACUGUACCUAUGAAACUGGUGAAGAUACAAUAAACAAAAUAGAUAGUAUUAUAGACAAUGUUGAUCCUGUAAAAGAUGGUAGUGUUUUGAAUGACGAUAAAGUUUAUAUUAAGAAACAGAGAAGUACGUAUUCAUUUGAUAAUAAAAUAAAUAACUCUAUUAAAGAAGAUGCUGUGGUAAAAGGGAAUUCUUCUAGAAUUACUUAUUCUGUAAAUAAUCCUGAUAUUACAGAUGAUAGUGUGUACGUAAGUAACGAUUCAGAUGACCGAAGUGAAUUAAAGAAAUCACUAAACGAUGAUAAAACGGAUGUAUCUAAAGAUAGCUUGCUGGAAACCGAGAUAGACGACGUCGAGGAUGUCGAUAAAAAGCCUGGUACGUUUAUAAAUAAGAUUAUAAGUUGUAUUAGGGAGUCUACAAACGAAAGUAAUAACUCGUUAGCUCAAUUCGAGCGUUUAGAAUUGGCUGCGAAUGCCUACAAAAGUGAUAAAGAACAUGUAGAUGAUAAAUUAACUGAAUUUAAAGUUGUAAAAGAAAAAAGAAAUUACUUUGAUGAAGAAACUACAAACAAAUCGCCGGAAACGCCAGCAACUGUUAUAAAAUCAAAAGAAAAGAAAAUUUAUUUCGAUAAUAUUGAUGUGAGGUCAUCAAGUAAAAAACCUAUGAACAUAGAGCUAAAAACCAAAAUUGACGAUUAUCGGUCACCGUCAAUCGUUAGAGACGAUGUCACGAAUGAUUAUGAACCAAAUGUAAUAAAAAAACUACUCGGAGAAAGUAUCACUAGACAAGCCGAAGCUAUAAACUCAGUACACAAAUUGAAGCUUACAAAAAAGUGUGAUUCUAUAGAUAUUUUCGAAAGUCUUGACUCCCCAAUAAUAGGUGUUAAAAAAAAUAAUCAACAAGUUGAAACAAUUCGGAAAUCUAUUGAUAAUCUUGCUAUAGCUGCGAUCGAAACAAAAAUGGAAAUAAAGGUUGAAGGAAAAUUUGAAUUGUCACCUGAAGAUAAAAUAAUAACUGAAUCUCCAAUUAAAAUGAAAGUAGAAAAAGUUUCUCCUGAAAUUGCUAAAGUUGAUGAGAAAACAUCUUCAAAGAACGAUAAUCUACAUAAAACUUUUCAAGAACUAAACGAGGAAUCUCAACUACAAAAUACUACAAAAGUCGAUAAUACAAUUGAAGAAUUCGAAAACAUCUAUAAAGAUAUAUCAGAACCACGAUCAACAGAAUUCGAUUUGCUUGUAUCCCAAGAUAAGACAAACCCUGAAGAAACAAUUAAUAAUCAAACUGAAUCAGAUGAAAUGAAAUACAAUUUACGUCAUAAAUCCAAAUCCGAAAAACCAAAAAACGAAACAGAAAAAGCGAAAAACAAGAAUAUAUAUGAGGAAAUAAAAAUGGAGAGCCUGCCCAAGUGUGAAAGUAAACCGAAGACAAAAAGAAAUUUAAGAUUACGCAGACGUAAGAAUCAGUCUGAUGAAGAUGAGGGGUCGGAAAGAGAAAAUAAACUAAAGGAUAUUGUUAAUCUCCAGACUGAAUAUUCUGAUGUAACUUUAGAUGUACCCGCUCAAGUUAAAGAAAGUAAAGAUAUACCAUCGCCGGAACAGCUACCGGAAAGUGAAAACGUUCCACCGAUGCUUGGGAUACAGAGCUGUCCAUCUAAAAGUGUAACUCGCAGUCGUAGAAAGCUGUUUACUCCGCGGGCGGAGCCUUUAGAAGAGAGUAUGAGUCAAAUGGGAGACAGUAAUGAACGCAUUUAUGUCCCAAGACCGUCCUAUCACCGUCCCAGAGCUCGUCGCAAGCUAUAAAUUACAAAACGAAUAUUCCAACUAAAUAUAUAUUUAUACACAUGUAUAUAUAGGUGUUCCACUCCUAACUACGUUCCUUCAAAUGGAAAUUUUAGUUUUAUGCGGAAUUUAUUAUUAAUAUUUAAUUUUAUCGACGUUUUUAGGGCUAAAAAAUUGUACUGAACGAUUGUGUAGAAGUAAGUUGCCAGAGUAGCUUAUUUAUUAGGACAAAGUCAAAUUUAAAAUGGUCUAGGAUUUACGUGGAACGUGAUCUAUUUACAUCUAUAGAACCCAACAUUUUAAGGAACGCAGUUAGGAAAAGAACAACCUUUAUAUUUUAAUAACAACGAAAUUUUACUUUCUGGCAACACUUUAUUUUAAAUGUUCUGUUGCUGGUUUAUUUCAAAACUUGACUAUUUUACAACAUGUUUUUUAAAAUGACUGGAUGUCCUCAUUCACUCAAUGUAAUUAUUAUAGUGUAUAGCCAAAUAAAAUUGUGUUACUUA